GGUUCUUGCAAUUUUUGAGUUCCUAACCUAACUUUUCAUUAUAUAUAUAAUUAGAUUACACAUAGCUGAUGAAGUUGUUAGAGUUAGAUAUUCACAAUUUGCAAAACGUAUGCACUAAUUCCUUUCUUUAUAAAUAAAUGUGUGCAGAUGAUGAUCGAGAAGUUAUUAACAAGAAGAUUAAUUAUAUAUUUGAUAAUAUAAACGAUAAUAAUGAUGGGUUAUUAAUUCAGUUUUGGGCACUUAAAGAUGGUCUACUUUCAACUUUUAAUCAACCUUUUAAGAAACUUGGAGAAUCUAAUAUGCUGGAUUAUCGGCAUUGUUCGAUAAGGCACCGGUAUUGUAUUAUUAUUAAUAAUUAUGCUAAUGCUGGUGAUGUUAGGAAUGGUAGUAUUAUUAGUUGUAGUACUAGGAGUGCGUAUGCUGCUACUGCAUUCUUGAAUCGUUUGCCAGAGAUAGUUGUGGAUUUAAGUGUUCACCGACGGCAGGGGAAUCCGUUGGUGGAUUCUGCUUUGAAAUGUGGGUUGACUUGUUCGUUAUUCCUGCCGGUCUUAUAUCGUCGUUUGUCUCGAAAGGAAACAUCUUGCAUUGGUGUAAUUGAGUGUUGUAUGAAGAAGCAGCCGUCAAAUGGUCUUGUUCUAGUUUUUGAUGCCUUGAGAAUCGCACUCGAGAGAGUCGGUCUAAGUACAUUUCAUGCACAUCAAUGUCCGCCUUACAGGGCUAUAAGCAGUCUCAAGCGUGCGACAGGUGAGAUUGAAGUGGCAUUAGAGUUAGUUUGUGAAUCGCAUUACCUAAAUCUUGCUCAAGUUUGGAUCCCUUACAAGGAAAGUGAAAAAAGUCGUGCUCCCUUUUCAUCUUCUUUUGAUGAUUGUCAAACUAAACAAAAGUUUGCAGUCAAGUUGAUUGGACAUUGCAUUAAUCUGGAUGAUGUUCUCAAGGAUUAUUAUGAUGGCUGUGAUAAUUUUCCUUUGAAAAUUGGACAUGGGCUUGUUGGGAAAACACUCCAAACUCAUGAACCAGUCUUCUGCCGAAAUAUUGAUGAGCAGAGUGAGAACGGGCUGUUGGUGUUGCUCCCUUCAUAUAAUAAUUGUAGCUGUCUUACGAUAUGUUUGAGGAGCACAUACACCGGAGAUCUUGAUUAUGUGUUUGAAUUUUUGUGGCCCCGAAAGCGAAACUAUCAUAUGGUGUAUAAAUCACUGCUAGUAACACUAAAGAGGUAUUUGCCAAGUUUCACGUUUUCCUUUGGCACACAAUCUGGUGAUGAAUUACAUGUCCUUACAGCAUAGGAAGAAGAAAAGAGAUCCAUGGCCAAGGAAUUUAUUUUGUCUAUGGAGGUGAAAUGCAAUACAACCCCAAUCCCAUUACAUCACAAUGAUGUCAAACAACAAUUUGGAAAAGCCAGUACAGGAGAUGCAAGAAACCAUUAUGAUAGGCAAGGCCGAAAGAAAGUGAAGAGAAAGUUCAGUGACUUAUGUGAGUCUGAAGAAUCUAUAGAAGAGUCCGCUAUGAGUAAUGGCAAUAGCGAAACGUCUCCAGGUGAUGAAAUUCUGAUUAUAAAAGCAGAGUAUGGAAAUGAUCUGAUCACAUUCCACCUCCCAGUCUCAUCAGCAACACUAGCAGUUGUGAACAAGGAAAUCGAUAAGGGGUUUGAGUUGAAUGGGCACUACAAACUCAGAUACUUUGAUGAACAUCAAGUGUGGAUCGCAAUGGAAUCUGAUGAACAUGUAAGGCAUAGCAUUUGCUCUUUGAGACUUGCAGAUAGCACCCAUAUUCGUUUGUGUGUGGUACCACUCACAUCGUAAAUAUUUAGCCCCAUCAAAUCUCUUGAAACAAAGCAUUAUGAAUGUGAAGCUUAAUGCUGUUACAGUUGCAAUUUUUUUAUUUGUUUUUGUACAUGGUAUUAACACCCUGUAAAGAAAAUAUGGAACAACUUAUGUUAUUGAUUAAUGUUCAAAGAGAAUCCCAAUCUUUCAUUUUU